AGUGACUGGAAUGCGACGCUACAUCCUCACAUAGCAGUAUCGAAAUCGACGACGUCAUUCUCCAAAGUAUAAAAAGGCCAGCUACACCACUGAGACCUAAACAACAGUAAGACAAGGGACGUCAAGGGAGAAAGGAAGAAACCAAGAAGGCAUUGAAACAAGACCAAUACCCCCAAAUCUGCGAGGCUAGACAUCAGAGAAGAUGCUGGGAGCAAGACUUGCCUUCUGCUACGGAUUUCUGCACCUGUUGCUGCAGACGCACGUCCUCGUUUGUGCCUACCCCUACAGCGACCCUGUGGUCAGAGAUACUGACACUUUAAAGACCUUACUUCAACGCCUGGAAGAGGCAUUUUUGCUGACCGUCAGAGCAGAGUCAUUAGAGAGGGGCCAGGUGGCUGAUGGAAUGCCCAAAGAGCAAUCAUACGAUGCGGAGGAUGGAAGCCAAGAGCGCGACGCAGAGGAAUCGGCUAUUGGAUACAGCACGCUGGAUGCAGAGGAGGCGCGUCUCCCGGACAGGAAUAGCAACGGCUUUCUGAACCCACUUAGGAACACAAAACGAUAUUCUGGCUGCUUCGGAAGGAGACUCGACCGCAUCGGAUCAAUGAGUGCACUGGGAUGCAACGGUGGUUCUAGAUUGAGUUACAAAAGAAGUUAAAACCAUCGUUCGAGUCCCCUACUGUACACCGGCUCUACGGAAUGCAAUGUGGAUUUUUUCAAGACAAUUAAAUGUCAUUAAACAACUUUCUAUUUAUUUGCUAUUUAUGUAUUACUUAUUUUGUUUAAUAUUUAAUAUUUAUUGAACAUUAUUUAUUUUAAAAAACGCAUUGAUUUCAUUGUUCAUUUAUUGAUUGCUGUUUUAAAACUGCAAUAACUGUAUUUCAAGUCAUUAAAAAAGCGAUACAAUAAACUCUCUUUAUUUUAUCAAUUA